CCUACUUCAGUUCAAAGACAUGGAAAGGGUUUAGUUGGUACCCCGGUGGCUAAGACCAGUAUACCACGAAAAGAAUCGACAGAAAUUGAUGUCGAAAAAACAUAUAAUCAUCCAUCUCAUCAAACUGAAUCCCAUUCUUAUGCACAAAGUUCAUCUGCUCAAAGAAGAUCUCCAAUUAUUAUCAAGUGUGGAAGCAGAUUCGAGCACCUUGCCUUAUGUGUGCCGCUUUAUCAAGCUGCUUUGAGAGGUGAUUGGGAUUUAGCCAAAUCCAUAUACGAUAUGCAUCCAUCUGCUUUCCUCUAUGGAAUAACUGUGGGUCAGGAGACCGUUCUUCACAUUGCAGCUGCAGCAAAACAUGUUGAAUUUGUACAGAAGCUUGUGGAUCUUAUGAAAAAGGAGGAUUUAACUUUGCAAAACAAGUAUGGAUACACAGCACUCUGUUUUGCUGCAGCCUCUGGAGUGGUGAAGAUUGCUGAGAUAAUGGUUAAGAAGAAUGAUAAAUUACCCACGAUUCAAGCAGGCCAGAAAGUGCCCCUUCAUCUAGCAGCUCUACUUGGACAUAGACCCAUGUCAUAUUAUCUAUAUAAUGUUACCAAUUUUGAACAAUUGGAACGCCAAGAACAGGUUGAGAUUUUCAGUGCAACCAUCUCCACUGGUAUCUAUGAUCUAGCUUUGAGUAUAAUGGACAAAUACCCGUAUUUAGCAAUAGCCCGAAACCGAAACAAGGAGACAGCUCUACAUAUCCUAGCAGGAAAGCCAUCAGAUUUCAGCUGGGGUAGUCAUUUAGGAGUCAAGGAAAAAGUUCUUAAAAGAUGUUUUAAAUGGGUGUAUAACAAAACAGUGAUGAAAACACUAGCCCAUCAACUGGUUACUAAAAUAUGGCAGGAAGUUCUACAAUUGCAGGAAAAUGAGAUUACAGAUUUGAUCAAUGAACCAUCUAAGUUAUUAUUUGAUGCUGUUAUACAAGGGAAUGUAGAGUUCUUAGUUAUGCUUGUAGGAUCAUACCCAGAUCUAAUGUCGAGUUUCAACAGUCAAAAACACAGUUUAUUUCACACUGCUAUCAGAUUCAGACAAGAACACAUCUUGAAACUAAUACAUGAGAUUGGAGCAAUCAAGGAUCUAAUGGUCUGCAUUACAGACAAAGAAAACAACAAUAUGCUUCAUUUUGCUGGAAAAUUAGCACCUGCAAAUCGAUUAACCAUAGUAUCAGGUGCAGCUCUUCAAAUGCAAAGAGAACUCCUUUGGUUUAAGGAAGUAGAGAAGAUUGUGCCACCAUCAUUUACCAAAGCGAAGAACAUUGAAGGUAAAACGCCACACGAUCUAUUCACCAAGGAGCAUCAAGAACUCCGUAGAGACGGUGAGAAAUGGAUGAAGGAAACAGCAACUUCUUGUAUGCUGGUGGCGACUUUAAUCGCCACCGUCGUGUUCGCUGCGGCGUUCACUGUGCCGGGUGGAAUGAACAGCGAUACGGGCGUUCCAGUUCUGUUGAAUGAGAAGUUGUUCACUGCGUUUGCGAUUUCUGACGCUGUGGCCAUGCUAACUUCAACUACUUCAGUCUUAAUGUUCCUGUCGAUACUAACUUCGCGUUAUGCAGAAGAAGACUUCUUGUUCUCUUUACCAGGAAAGCUAACUUUAGGUUUGACGACGCUUUUCGCGUCAAUUGGAAGCAUGGUGUUAGCUUUCACGGCUGCGUUCUUUAUGCUGUAUCAUGGGAAAGGGAAGAUUGUGCCUAUUUUCGUUGCUGCGUUGGCGGGUGUUCCGGUGACGGUGUUUAUUGUGUUGUAUUAUAAGCUGUGGGCUGAGGUAUUACGAUCGACGUUUUGGUCAAAAGCUCUGUUUCGGCACAGUAAACGCAGAUUGUUCUAGAUUGAACAAAUAAAUUGUUGUAUUUGUUUUCAACUUCAGUUCAGGAUAUUCUGUUUGUCGCGUUUUACCAAAACCACCGACGUGUUUAUUUAUUCAUUGAUUUUUAGCAUGAUUAGUUAAAAUUG